AUUCAAUUUACUAAUGACCCGCAAAAUUUGGCAUCCAACUGUCCAAGCAUUUUAAGUGCAAUUCUAGCAAGGUGCGUGUCGGGCACAAGUCUUAAGCGGAGCUCCAGAUCCGUUUAACUGAAUUGACUCGGAGCACAAGAAAACUUGUUUGGACACAACUUGUCCAUCCUCAAUUCAUCCACGAAUCCUUCAUUUCUUCCCUAACCAUCUUCGAUUUUGACAACCUAAUCUUUCUGUUAGAUGACAAAAUUGUAGCUAUGGCAUCAUCAUCAAGUUCCCUUAUUCGUCGAGUUGUUCCCUUCUUCACCACCAGGAUUCGUCAAAAUUACCGCCUUUUGAAUUCCUCGGCUUCUGCUCUAUCCCAACCCCAAUCCCAAGCCGAAGCCGAAGCUCCCGAUUCCGUCUUAUUGACCGAGAACUGCGUUCGUCGGAUAAAAGAGUUGCAGGCUGGCGAACAUAAAGAGAAGAUGCUUCGCUUGAGUGUUGAAGCUGGUGGUUGUUCUGGGUUUCAAUAUGAAUUCUCUCUAGAUGAUAAGACCAAUUCUGAUGACAGUAUUUUUGAGCGAGAUGGAGUUAAAUUGGUUGUGGAUAACAUAUCAUUCGAUUUCGUCAAAGGUGCAACUGUUGAUUAUGUUGAGGAGCUGAUUCGUUCUGCUUUUCAGGUAUCUACCAAUCCAAGUGCAGUGGGUGGGUGCAGUUGUAAAAGUUCAUUUAUGGUGAAGCAGUAAUUUGACACUUCCGUAACAUUCAGCCCAAAUAAUCAGCAUUCCUCUUAGCUGGACAUGGUUUAUUGCAUGAAUGACAAUUCUAUUAGUCAUUCUGGUGCCUAAUGUCUAUCCAUCAUAUACUUCUACCAUUUGAGGCAGCAAGACCUGCAUUGUGAGACGAGCAUUUUUCAGAAUAUGUACUUGACAGUUGAGAGACCAUAGGUUAUAUAUUUGUACAUGUCAAUUUUUUGCUUACUGGAGCUAGUUGGAAGUGCAGAACGUAACUGUUAAAUUAGGCAGGCAGGUACUAUUGUAUUGUAGGCAAUAACUCCAGCUGAAAAGACACUAUUCAGUUUUGGGUGGAGACAUUUGUACAAGGAAUUUGGAAGUGAAGAGGUUUCAAGCAGAAGACAAAUUACUGGUUUCGUUCCCCAUCUACUGUGGUAGAAAAGUUUUGAUCAAGCAAAGCUUUUUUUAUGAUCUUUGAAAUCUAUGUUCAUGUUGAAACUGAAAAAAUCAGGAAAAGAACAAUAUUACCUGAGUUGAAUUUACUGAAUUUGGGACGUAUACUUCA